AUGAGUCAGAGUCAAGAUCCUAAUGAUAAAAUUAAUUAUUUAUUAAACAUUAUAAAUUCUCAACGGAAAACCCCAACAGUUAGCAGCGAUUCCAAUAGCUCAAUCAACAGAGUUAGAACUAAAACUAAUACUAAAACUAAAACAAGAACAAGAACUAGUCCCAAGACAAAGAUUAAGACAAAAACUAUGAAAAUUAACAAUAACAACAACCAGAUAUCUACUGAAACCACAGAAUUAUUUACUAAUGAAUCACAAAUCAUUGAAUCAUUUAAUUCUAAUUGUACUAUUAAUACAAGUUUCUACUCAAACUCAAAUCCCAACGAUAAACUUCAUGUAUAUAAAUCACCAAUUAUUGAUAUAACAAAAUAUUUCUCACCCACAGUAGAAUCACAAAUGGAUUUAGAAUUGAUUAUAUUAAAUGAAUAUUAUUCAAAGACACAUAAUCAUCAACCCCAAAAUGACAACGAUGACGAUGACGAUGAUGACGACGACAAUGAUGAGGACGAGUUGAACCAUUUUUAUAUUGAUGCUCAUUUAAAAUAUAUUUUAUCAUCAUUAACUAAUCCAAUGUCAUCAGGGUAUCAAGUAUUAGAUGUGAAUCAUUCAUGGAUGAUUUAUUGGUUACUUAAUUCUUAUUAUCUUAUACAAAACCCCACUUUGGAAAUCAAUCAAUCAAUAUUGGAUUUAAUUGUUGAUAAGAUUUCUAAAUGUAUAAAUUAUCCAGACACCCUGUCUAGUGGUGUUUUUGAUGGGAUUGGUGGUGGGAUUAAUCAAUUGGGUCAUUUAGCAUCGACAUAUGCAGCAAUAUUAACAUUAAUUUUAACUGAUCAAUAUGAAUUAUUAAAUUCUUUAAGAGAAUUAAUUCGUGAUUGGUUAUUAACUUUGAAAAAAAAUGUUGGUAGUGGUGGGGCAUCAUUUAUAAUGCAUGAAAAUGGAGAAAUGGAUGCUCGAUCAACUUAUUGUGCCUUGAUAAUCAUAAAUUUAUUAAAUCUUACCAAUUAUGAAGACGACAACUCUAUAGAACUGGUUGAUCCAUUGAUUGAUGGGGUUGAAAAUUGGCUUAAUUCAUGUCAAACUUAUGAAGGAGGAUUCAGUAAUAUACCUAAUACUGAAGCUCAUGGAGGUUAUACUUAUUGUGCAUUAGCAAGUUAUUUCUUAUUAUAUAAUGAUUGGAAACAGUUUUCCUCUGAGUUGUCCACUACUAAUAUUGAUUGGGGGAAAUUAUUAGAAUGGAGUGUUUAUAGACAACAUGAAUUAGAAGGAGGAGUUGAUGGGAGAACUAAUAAAUUAGUGGAUGCAUGUUAUGGAUUUUGGAUAGGUGGAUUAUCACCCUUGUUGCAAUUGAUAGUACGCUCACAAGGACAAGUUAAUCAUAGUGUUAAAAUAUUUGAUGAAGAGAAAUUGCAACAAUAUUUAUUAAUUAUAGCCCAAGAAGAAACAGGAGGAUUUAAAGAUAAACCAGGGAAACAAGUUGAUUAUUAUCAUACAAAUUAUAGUUUAUCUGGACUUAGUAUUCUUGAACAUAAUUAUGAAUUUAGUCAAGAUAAGACUUUUUCAUUAGCAUUUCAAAUUGAUAUAAACAAGGAAGAGGAAGAUAAUUUCACAAAUCCAAUUCACCCAGUAUUUGGAAUUCCUAUUAAUUUUGUUAAGAAAUGCCAUGAAUAUUUUAGAUUGAAAACAAUUUCCAAACCAAAACCAAACUCGAAACAGAGAACUUGA